UUAUAAUAGUAAAUAAUGAAAUUUCUCACAGAAGUAACAUUUAAGAGAAUGAAGCAACAUUUGCUUAAAGAAAAUUAAUAAUAAAUGAUUGGCGUCAUAGACUUCACAUGCAGUUUUCCAGUAAAAUUAAAGUCUCUACGUGUGAAGGUUAUAACCUGUGAACUUUUCAAAUCAAAAUUUAAAAUUGUCUGCGGAUAAAGAAACAAACGCGCACUCUGCCAACUAUCCAUGGAAAACGGUAUUGGUGAAAAUGAAAACAGUCAUGGAAGUCUUAACAAGUAUGCCUGUUCCUCAGUGAUGGCUGCCUCUAUUAUCUCCGCUGUAUUUGGUUAUGUUGUUGGAGUGAUGUCUGGAGCCCUAGUAUUCAUAAAGGAAGAUCUUCAAAUCAGUGACUUGCAAGUGCAGCUACUUGCAGGCAUGUUACACUUGUGCGCACUACCGGGAUGCAUGGCUGCAGGAAGAACAUCUGAUUACAAAGGUCGACGCUACACCAUCAUUCUAGCAUCCACCAUCUUCUCGUUGGGCUCCAUUCUAAUGGCCUGGGGUCCAUUCUAUCUAAUCUUAAUGAUUGGAAAUUGCAUUCUUGGAGUUUCCGUGGGUUUUGCACUCAUCAUCGCACCAGUUUACAGUGCAGAGAUUUCACCUCCUUCCUACAGAGGCUUUCUCACUUCUCUCCCAGAACUUUCCAUCAACAUAGGACUCCUUCUUGGCUAUGUCUCAAACUACUUCUUUGAAAAAUUGUCUCUUAAACUUGGGUGGAGGAUGAUGGUGGGUGUUCCUGCUAUUCCUUCACUUUGCCUAAUCAUUCUCAUGUUGAAGUUGGUGGAGUCUCCAAGGUGGUUAGUCAUGCAAGGGCGUGUAGGUGAGGCUAGGAAAGUGCUUUUACUAGUUUCCAAUACAAAGGAAGAAGCUGAACAACGCCUAAAGGAAAUAAAAGGUGUUGUUGGAAUUGAUGAAAACUGCACCCUAGGCAUUGUUCAAGUUCCAAAGAAAACUCGCAGUGGUGCAGGAGCUUUGAAGGAACUGUUUUGUAAAUCUUCACCACCAGUGCGCAGGAUACUGAUUUCAGCUAUUGGAGUUCAUGUAUUCCUUCAGAUUGGUGGAAUAGGGGCUAUUUUGUUAUAUGGUCCAAGAAUCUUUGAGAGAACAGGAAUCAGUGACAAGAGCAAGCUCAUGCUAGCCACUGUUGGCAUUGGAGUCAGCAAAGUUAUAUUCGCAUUCAUAUCAAUAUUUUUAAUGGAUAGAGUUGGGAGGAGGAUUCUCUUUCUGGUUAGUGCAGGAGGCAUGGUUGUGACCUUGUUAGGGUUGGGUGUUUGCUUGACCAUAGUGGAGCGAUCCACUGAAAAAGUAGUGUGGGCAAUAAGCUUUACCAUUAUUGUAACCUACCUCGUUGUGGCUUUUAUGACAAUUGGAAUUGGGCCAGUGACAUGGGUUUAUAGUACAGAGAUUUUUCCUUUAAGGUUUAGGGCGCAAGGCCUUGGUGUCUCUGUGGCCGUGAACAGAAUCACGAAUGUGAUAGUGGUUACAAGUUUCAUUUCAGUUGAUAAAGCCAUAACAAUGGGUGGGGUUUUCAUUCUGUUUGCUGCUAUCAAUGCUUUGGCUUUGUGGUACUACUAUACGUUGCCUGAAACUAAAGGAAGAUCAUUAGAAGAUAUGGAGACAAUCUUUGGGAAAAAUUCCAAGUUGGAGAUACAAAUGAAGCCUGGAAGCAAUAAAUAGAAUUUCACGUGCUCCAAAAUUGAUACAUAUAAUUAAAAUAAUAUUAUCUUCUUGUGAGAUUUUUUUCCUGUUUUUGUUUUUGUAAAGUGACAUAAAAAAAUCAAGAAAAUAAACAUCCAAACGAAUCACAUGAACGAGAUAAUGUUUGAU